CAAAACAAGUCCUUCCUUCCUGUGCACGUCCAUGCUUUGAACAGCUGAUGUGGUGCUUCUUUCUGACUGACAGCCGUUAAACAUUUCGUCCUCAUUCUCCACGAAUAUAGCUCAACAUGACUAAAGACGAAGUCCAGGGGGCGAUGGAGGAGGAGCAGGCUCAGUCAAAGAAAGGCCUGAAGAAACAGCAGAAGGAAGCAGAGAAAGCUGCGAAGAAGGCUGAGAAGCAGGCCAAGCUGGCUGCCGACCAGCAGGGCUCAGAGGAAGAUGACUUCGCCAAGGACAGAUAUGGUGUGCCGCCGAUGGUCCAGUCCCAACAAAAACUGGACAGGGUGUUGGUGCGGGUCGAAGACCUUUCUCCUGAGAAAGCUGACCAGCUGAUUUGGCUGCGUGCCCGAGUCCACACCAGCAGAGCCAAAGGCAAGCAAUGCUUCUUGGUCCUGCGUCAGCAGCAGUUCAACGUGCAGGCGCUGGUCGCAGUGGGAGAUCGUGCCAGCAAGCAGAUGGUCAAGUUUGCCGCAAACAUCACCAAGGAGAGCAUCGUAGACGUGGAGGCGUCGGUAAGGAAAGUGGAGCAGAAGAUCGAGAGCUGUACCCAGCAGGACGUGGAGCUGCACAUCGAGAGGAUUUUUGUCAUCAGCCAGUCGGAGGCUCGUCUCCCCCUGCAGCUGGAGGACGCCGUCAGGCCUGAUGGAGAGGGGGAAGAGGUGAGGACAGAUGUAGGGCUGGAUGAGAGGGCAUACAAACCUGAAUCACAAUAUCUAUACUUUAAGUUUUCACAGUUAUUUUAUUUUAUAGUAUAAAUAAUAUAAAUG